AUAAUUAAAAAAUGUCAAUAUAAAGAGAAUGGUAGAAAUUUGUGAGGCCACCGAGAUAUAAUUAUAGUUACUUUGAUCUAGGUCCUGAAUGCAUUUAACUACCUCAAGGUUACUUACGCAAACAUGAGAGGAUUAUUACUAAUCGUUAAAAUUGCAAAUUAGAAAUGUCAUUCUUUGAAUUGAACCCCAAAACUUCGAAUUGCAUUGUUUAUUGCCAUGGUUAUAAUGGAUGUAGAAUAGAAGGCAUUAAGUACGCUUCAAUUGUCGCCUAGUAUGGCUUCAAUUUUUGUGCAUUCGAUUUCUAAGCAUGUGGUCAUUCCGAAGGGGAUUUCAUUACUUUUGGACAUCUGGAGAAGGAUGACAUCACUUCUAUAUUGUAGGAAUUGGAAUUAAAUUUCUAGCAGAAGCAAUUCAUUUUAUGGGGAAGAUCUUUGGGAGCAACUACCAUUCAAUUGAAGGAAUAACCGAAUGUGAAGGGAUUGGUUUUGGAUAGUUGUUUCACAAACUUCAAUAAAUUGGCGAUUAGCAUAAUCCAGAAACAAACUCGAUUGCCAAAAUUCAUCAUCAAGGCUAUCAUCUUCUUAACCAAAGGGUCGAUAGAAGAGGAGGCAGGAUUUCAAUUGAAUGAUAUCCAAGUGCAUUGCAAUUCCAACAUGCCUACACUCUACAUUUGUAGCGAUAAGGAUUCACUUAUAAAGGCUAAAAAUAGUUUGAAAUUGUAUAAGCAACACAAAGGAAUCAAAAAGUUGAUCAAAGUGGAUGGGGAACACAAUGAUUCUCGACCUCUGGAGAUCAUCCAACAAAUUUGUUCAUGGUGCAAGGACAGAGUGCAAAUGCAAUAAAACAAUUAUAUUCAAUACAAUUCAGUCCCUCAAGUGGCUAGAUUGCCAUUGGAGUUGAUUUACGAUUCUAAUAUUUAGAGUGGGAUGUAAUCUUCGUACAAUAGGAUUCCCAAGAAUCCAGCUAUCAAAUUAAAAAAUCAAAUAAGUAUUUAGUUAAGAACAAGCUGUAGAAAUUUACACAGCGCAGUCUAAUACUGA